CCGGUGCUUGUUGUCGCUUUUAUACUUCCCCCCUCUCGAUCGACUUUGUCCCCACUUUCUAAGCCCUACAGCCAUGGCGGACUCCGAAUUGCCCACUCGCCCUAAGCCUGAGCAGACUCAGGAUGCCGCUGCCCCCGCCGAGGAGGGUGGUGACGGCAAGAUGAGCAAGAGUGCGCUGAAGAAGGCCGCGAAGGACAAGGCCAAGGCUGAGAAGGCUGCUGCUCGUGCUGCCCAGGAGAAGGCUCAGGCCGCCGCCGCCGAUGCCAACGACACUGCGAAGGAUUUGUACGGCAAGAUCCCCGAGUCGGAAGACGUGCUGCCCUCGACGCGCUUCACCGAGAUCACCGACGACCACUACGAGAAGGAGAUCACCGUCGUGGCCCGUGUGGAUAAUGCCCGUGUGCAGAGUGCCAAGCUGGCAUUCUUGAUGCUGAGACAGCAGGGUCUGAAGGUACAGGCUGUCAUUGCCGCCGCAGAGCCCAUCUCCCGCCAGAUGGUGAAGUACACCGGCGGUUUGAACGUCAACUCCAUCGUCCAGGUCACCGGUAUCGUCAAGAAGCCCGAGAUUCCGAUCAACUCCGCCUCCCUCAGCAACCUUGAAAUCCACAUCCGCAAAGUCUACACGAUCGCCGAAGCGCAACAACAGCUGCCCAUGCAGGUCAAGGAUGCCGAGCGUCCGCCCCCGGAGACCACCGAGGAGGGUAACCUGGUUGAUGCCGAUGGAGCUCCCAUCGUGACGCUCAAGACCCGUCUUGACAACCGUGUCAUUGACCUACAAACGGAGACCAGCCAGGCGAUCACCUGGAUCUCCAGCGGAGUCGCGCAGCUGUUCUCGGAGUACAUGCUUAAGAGUGGUUCGAGGUGGAUCUUCACGCCCAAGCUGGUGGGUGCCGCCACCGAGGGUGGCAGCGGCGUGUUCGAGGUCAAGUACUUCAAGCGAAACGCCUAUCUGGCGCAGAGCCCUCAGCUCUACAAGCAGAUGUGUAUUGCCGGUGACAUGGAGAACGUCUUCGAAAUCGCCCCCGUCUUCCGUGCUGAGGACAGCAACACCCACAGGCAUUUGACUGAGUUCGCCGGUCUCGAUUUCGAGAAGACUUUCAACGGCCACUACCACGAGGUGCUCGAAUUCGCCGAGGACCUUCUCGUGUUCAUCCUCACCCAGCUCAAGGAGCGAUACAAGGACCAGAUCGCCACUAUCCAGAAGUCGUACCCCAAGGCUGGUGACUUCAAGCUUCCCAAGGACGGCAAGGCGUUGCGUCUGAACUACAUGGACGGAGUUGCUCUGCUGAAGGAGGCUGGUGUCGAUGUUUCCGAGCAGGAGCGGUUCGAGAACGAUUUCACCACGGCGAUGGAGAAGCAGCUGGGCCAGAUCAUCCGCGAGAAGUACGACACCGACUUCUACGUUCUGGACAAAUUCCCCAUGGCCGUGCGACCCUUCUACACCAAGGCGUGCCCCAAGGACCCCAAGUUCUCCAACUCGUAUGACUUCUUCAUGCGUGGCGAGGAGAUCAUGUCGGGUGCCCAGCGUAUCCACGACAUCAAGGAGCUGGAGGCCUCCAUGAUCGCCAAGGGUCUCAACCCCCACCAGGAGGGCUUCGAGGACUACCUGAAUGCUUUCCGCCAAGGGUGCCCUCCCCACGCCGGUGGUGGUCUGGGACUGAACCGCAUUGUCAUGUUCUUCCUGGGAUUGCCGAACGUGCGGUUGACGUCGCUGUUCCCUCGUGACCCUCAGCGUUUGCGCCCUUAGAUUUGUAGAAUUGAAAGAGAGAAGGGGGCAGGGCGGAGCCUGUGCCAGAAGGAGAAAGUAAAAUAUAUUCACGAAGAGCACUACUGCAAUAUAUCACAAUUUUCUAGUU